AUGGGAACUUUGUCAAAUCUUUGUUCGAAGUUGUCACUCCAAGAAGAGCCAAAUCAGGAGGACAAUAAGGUUAUAGUCACUGAUAAUGACUGGUUGGAGGAAAAGGACGGUGAAUUAGCUUGGUUUCAUCUUCUCGGGAGGCUCUAUUCGAAGAGGAAGGUGAAUUUAGAGGGCUUGCGGGUUGCCAUGUUCCAGGCAUGGAAAGUUGAAGGGGAUAUGGUGGUCAAAGAGGUAGGAGAUAACUUAUUCUCUUUUCAAUUUGAGGAUGAAGUUGAGCGAGAUAGGGUUUUGGUUACUCAACCAUGGUGCUUUAACAGAGCAUUAUUGGUGUUAAGGGACUUUGGUGGAUUGCAAUCGCCGGAGGACAUCAGUUUCGACUCUUGUCCUUACUGGAUGAGGAUCUUUGAUGUGCCUGUUUUGAUGAUGACUGACAGAGUGGGGAAAGCAAUCGGAGAAUCGAUGGGAGUUGUAUUGGAGGUUGAUGAGUCUUGUGGGAGGUAUUUGCGAGUGCGAGUGGAGCUACCAUUGAAGGAAGGCACAACUAUUUCAACUCCUCAUGGUGAGUUGCCUGUGCGAUUCAAAUAUGAAAAGCUACCUGCCUUUUGCAGGGUAUGUGGGAUACUUACUCAUUUGGAUUCGGAUUGUCCUUUGGGAGUUAUAAUGCUCAAAACUCAGGGAUCUAUAACCAAAAGGUUUACUGAUCAAUUGAGAGCAGAGGUUCCUGACAUCAAGCCACGACAGUCUCCAGGGAUGUCUAGCAGUUUCCGCCUGGGCUCUGGUGGAGUAGGUAGCAGUCGGCAGUCGCAGAGAUUGAAUCAGGGGGUUUCAGGUUCAGUUUCUAGCAGGCCAAGAGCUUAUCGGAAUAAUGUUGAUAGCAUGGUGGUCCGGUCUCGGCUGGCGGCCCGUGCAAUUCAAACUGCCGAUGUAUCUUGCGAAAUCAUCUCCCAAUUUCCUACGGGAAUGGUUGCUCGAAAAUCAGGAAGAAGGAGAGGGAUUUUGUUGCUGAAUAAUAUGAAUGAGGAAAUUGGGGAGUCCUCAACACCGCCUUCUACGGGCAAGAAGUUGAAAUCUGUUGUGGUGGCUUCUAAUUCUGCAGGUCUCAAUCAUAUUAUUCCGGGAGUUGGGCUUUCUGCUAGUGGCCCAAAUCAACAAUUAGGGAGGGUCUCUAUUAUCAGCCCAAAUCGGGAGGGAGGUGGUCUGGGUUUAUUGGGUCAAGCUGUUGGAUCGCAGUGCUUGCAGCCUACUGUUCAUGCUGGCCCUAAAAGGGCUGAGUCUUAUAUUUCUGUUGCCGAGAGCUCUUCAACUCAAUUAUCAACUUUUGUGUUCGGAGCGACAUCAACUACGCCAGCAAGGAGGAUAAGGCGAUGGAAGAAAGCAGCUAGGGUUUCGCAACGGUAUUCGUUUGAAGCUUUAGGACCUGCCUCCAAUUUCAAGGUUGGUCAGAAGCGGAAUUCGAAUUCUUCCAUUGGUGGUGGUCAUGAAGCAAUGUUUUAUAAGAGAUCGAGGGAAGGAAAUUGUGCUUUAGCUGGACAGGAGAAUGAUGAUUUCGGUGAUGAUAUUUAUGUUCCUCAUGAAGCUGUUGGGGAGCAUGCUCUUGCAGGAGAUGGAAGGGAUGAGGGUGAUCAGCAGGAUGAUAACAACACUCAAGCGGCGGAGAUGGUUCCUUGUAUUGGGAGAGCGGGGGGUUUAGCCCUGCUUUGGUUAAAUUCUUGUCGUGUUUCUAUUCUUUCUUUCUCAAAGUCCCAUAUAGAUGCUCAAGUGGGAUUGGAUUUGAAUAAUUGUCGGCGUUUUACUGGCUUUUAUGGCCAGCCAGAGACUAGUAGAAGACAAGAGUCUUGGAAUUUGCUUAAGCUUUCGGCUACACAAUAUGAAAUGCCUUGGCUUUGCACAGGGGAUUUCAAUGAGUUGCUUACAAAUGAUGAAAAAAUUGGGGGUGCGUUGCGGCCUCAAAUCCAGAUGCAACGUUUUCGUGAAGCGGUGGAUGCAUGUGAGUUCCAAGAACUUGCGGUAACAGGGCCUGUAAUGACUUGGUAUUGGGUUGAUAGGUGUAUUUCUCCUGAUAUGGCUGCAUCAUUGGAUCGUGAAUUCACUAAGGAGGAUAUUCGAAUUGCAGUAUUUGACAUGGCUCCUUCCAAGGCUCCAGGACCAGAUGGUAUGUCUCAUUUAUUUUAUCAACGUUUUUGGCAUAUUGUUGGUGAUCAAGUUUGUGAUAUGGCCUUGUCGUUCCUUAAUCAUGGGGAGUCUUUGUUAGAUAUCAAUGAUACUAAUGUGGUAUUGAUUCCUAAAGUAGCUAAUCCAGUCACUGUUAAGGACUUGAGACCAAUUAGUUUAUGUAAUGUCAUCUUUAAGAUCAUUUCUAAAACACUCACAAAUAGGUUGAAAGAGAUCUUGCCGAGUAUUGUUGGGCAAAAUCAAAGUGCUUUUGUGCCAGGAAGGAUGAUUUUUGACUGUUCUAUGAUUGCCUUUGAAACGGUGCAUUACAUGAAGAAUAAACGCCGGGGGAAUGAGAAUCAUAUGGCCUUGAAGCUUGAUCUUAGUAAGGCUUAUGAUCGCGUCGAAUGGAUUUUUCUGGAAGGUAUCAUGUCUCGGAUGGGCUUUUCGACGAGAUGGGUCCAUUUGGUAAUGCAAUGUGUAAGAACAGUUUCUUAUUCGAUCUUAGUUAAUGGUGUACAAACAAGGAGGAUUGUUCCAAGCCGUGGAAUCCGUCAGGGUGACCCAUUAUCACCAUAUUUAUUUUUGCUGUGUAUGGAAGGUUUCUCAUCUUUACUGCAGCAUGCGGAGCGGAUAGGUGAUAUUCAUGGAGUAGAGGUAGCUAGAAAUGCUCCUUGUAUUUCGCAUCUAUUUUUUGCAGAUGAUAGCCUCCUUUUCUUGCGGGCUUCUUUAGGAGAGUGUGAUGCUAUUAAGAAUUUACUGCGUAUUUUUGAGUUGGCUUCGGGCCAACAGAUUAACAUUGAUAAAUCUGCGGCUAGGUACUUCCGUAAUUCAUCUUUUAUGCAAGCACAAUUGGGGAGUAAUCCGUCAUUUGUUUGGAGAAGCUUGAUGGCGGGUAGAGAGGUGAUACGGGUUGGAAGUCAGUGGCGGAUUGGUAAUGGCUUAGAUGUUGAUGUGUGGAGAGAUCGAUGGAUUGGUAAGUCUUCUGAUCAUAUGCCAACUCCAAGAUCAGGGGUUAUUUGUUCUCCUUGCCCGGUGAGUGCUUUAAUUGAUAAUGAUGGUCAUUGGCUUAUUCCUCAACUGGAGGAGCUUUUUGAACCUGAGGAUGUUUAUAAUAUUUUGUGUAUUCCACUCCCUUAUCGGCCUACUCCUGAUACUUUGAUUUGGAGUGGAACUACUACUGGUCAGUAUACAGUGCGAAGUGGGUACUAUGCUGCUCGUAAUAUGUUGGGCAAACAAGUGAUUUCCAGGGAAGAAAUAUCGGUUAAAUGGCGGAUUGUGUGGGGAUCAUUGCUGUUACCGAAGAUUAAGUACUUUUUAUGGAGAUUGAUCAAUAAUAUUUUACCAACGAAAUCACAGCUACAGCUAAGGGGACUUCCAAUUGGAGGAAAUUGUGAAGCUAGUAAUGAUUUUUGGGAGAAUCUGCUGUUGAAAGCUGCUCAACUAGGGCUGCUUGAAUUGAUGGCAGCCAAAUUGGUCCAUGAUGUUGAGGCAUUGAGUCAGCGCGGUGCUUCUAUGAAUGUAAAUUUCUCACAUCAUGUUUGGUCUCCACCACCAGCCGGAAAAUUGAAGUUGAAUACCGAUGCAUCUUUCAAUGCGGAGCGGGAGGAAGCAGGUUUAGGGGUGGUCUUUCGAGAUGAAACUGGUGCUGUAGUGCUAAGUGUUGUUACUCGUAUUGAUAAGGUGAUGGAUCCGAUGUAUGCAGAAGUAUAUGCAGUGCGCUUUGGUCUGAUCUUGGCUUUGCGUUAUGGUUUUACUUCAUAUCCUGAAGCAGAAGUAAUAGCCUUGUCGCCGAAGACACUGAUGGCAACAAACAGAUUCUUGUGUGAAAUAUGUGGAAAGGGUUUCCAAAGAGAUCAAAACCUGCAACUGCAUCGGCGAGGACAUAACCUUCCAUGGAAGCUGAAGCAAAGGACAACGAAAGAAAUAAGAAAAAGGGUUUAUGUCUGCCCUGAAAAGACAUGCGUGCAUCACCAUCCUUCAAGGGCUCUCGGGGACCUAACUGGUAUUAAGAAACACUUUUGUCGGAAACAUGGCGAGAAGAAGUGGAAGUGCGACAAGUGCUCCAAGCGAUACGCCGUGCAGUCUGAUUGGAAAGCUCACUCUAAAACCUGCGGCACCAGGGAGUACAAAUGCGACUGCGGCACUCUUUUUUCAAGAAGGGAUAGCUUCAUCACGCAUAGGGCUUUUUGUGAUGCCUUGGCUGAAGAAACAGCUAGACCGAUUUCUAGCAAUGAUGAAACAUUAGAUCAAACGAGACGUGGACUUUCCUUAUGGAUGGGACAAGCAUCUCAAGGCCAUGAUGCAAUUGGCAAAAGUUUGCAAGAGAUUCAUCAACUUGGUUCUGUGAAUUUGGGAUCAAUAUACAGUGAUCCUCUUGUUUCAACUUCGAAUCCUCCUGCAUCAGAUUAUCAGUUAAAUUGGGUGUUUGGAAAUAAUAAGGUUUCAACUAGCAAUGGUGAAGAGCUGACAAGCACUUCACUUCCUUUGAGCAAUAUUGUCAACAAGGAAAGUGGAGCUCAUCAGGCGCUUGUGAGUGUUCCUUCAUUAUUUAGCACCCAACACCACACUCAACAUCAAACACCAUCAGCAAAUAUGUCUGCAACAGCUUUAUUGCAGAAAGCGGCUCAAAUUGGUGCUACUUCUACUGACACAUCAUUCCUAGGAAGCUUCGGAACAAAGUGCAGCAACAAUCAAGUUCAAGAUGGGAACAAGUACAAUAAUGGUCUUUAUAGUUCAACUACUCUAGCAAGUGAAUUGGAAAAUUCAGCAAAUGAUAUUUCCACAUUGAAUCAAUUGCAAAUGUACCCUGCAAAACGAAGGCGUAUGCAGAAUGAAGACACCGGAGGACAAACUAGAGAUUUCUUGGGUGUUGGUGUACAGGCCAUCUGUCACCCAUCUUCAAUCAAUGGAUGGAUAUGA